UUUGUAUUAAGUUUAAAGUCAAUAUUUAGACAUCUUGAUACCAGAAGUCAAUCUAAAUCUUACCUAGCGAUAUUACGUACCUGUUUGACAUUGGCUGAAGAUGAUUCUUAUUUUGUCAGGAAAGAAUUUAGUGGUAUAAUAUGUUAUUUAGUUGGUAAUGGUAAUAGUGUUGAUGAGAAAUCUAAUAAAGAUACAGAAAAACUGGUUAUAGAAUAUUUAAAAGAUAUAUUGAUAAGAGCUAAAAAUGAUAAUAUACAGCUUAUGGAGACUGUUUUAUUGACUAUUGGACAUCUUGGAAGAGUGGCUGAGAAUGAUUUAUUAUUAAUGGUAUUAUUAUAUCUACUAGAAAGUAUUCUGUAUCCUAAAUUACAGAUCUCUUCAGUAGCAUAUUUACAGCUUCAAGGUGUUGCCAAGUACAAGAAUUGUAAACCUCAAGGUUUAUUUCUUAGAUUUAAAGCACAGAUUUGUAAGUUUCUGGUAGAUGCACUUUAUACAGCUCAAAAUACACCAGGAUUGAAAACUGAAGAUAUAUUAUUUAAGAUUACACAUGCUCUAGGAUUUCCUGACGUCAAAUCAUGUUUACAGGAUUGUGAGAAAUAUUUAUUACCACAUUUAGUAUGUAAAGCUACACCUGAAGCUUCUGCUAUUAUUAAAUUAUUGGCCACCAACUUGUCUUCAGCAAAUCGAAAGAUGAUGAUAAUACAUAAUGCCAAAUAUAUAUUUUCACAUAUAAUUCGAUAUUGUCAAGAUUCAGAUAUGGCUACCAUUAUCAAAUAUCUUCAAAGUGAAGCAAAGUUUGACCUAGCCAGUUUAUUAAGAUUAGAUUUUCAACGUGUACAUAAUGUAUUACUAUUACACCUUGGUACCAAUCAUAAAGAGGUGUUCAAUGGACUAAAGAUACUAUCAGAGUUUGAUGAUCAAUAUAAAGGACCUACAAUAAGCUCUCAAGAAGAAAUGGCUGAUUAUUUAGAACCAAGGUUAUUGGGUGUAUUAGCUUUUAUAGAUUUUCAGUUGAUGAAUCCAUACAUUAUAAUAGAAGAUAAAAGAUUGGCUUUAGAAAGUUUAACAGCUAUUAUUAGGUUGAUGGGACCUAAACAUAUUAGUUCCAUAAGACAUAAAGUACUAAAUACAUUACGCCUUGGUCUCCAAUUUAAAGACACAGUAUUUGUAGAGAAUUCUUGUCGUGCAUGGAACUGUUUUAUUCACAGUUUAGACGUCAAUUUAUUAGGACAAAUGUUAUCACAAAUAACAGCUACCUUGCUACCUUUACUACAACAGUUACCUAAACAAAUGGCAGACAUCUUUCAUUAUAUGAUAGUAGAAAAUAGAAAAGAACUGCACACCCAUUUUAAUGAAAUCUAUUUUUUACCUGAUAUACCUGAAUUAGUAGAUGCUAAUGCUGUCUUAAAACAGUUUACAGAAGGUCCUUCAAGUCAAUCAGAUUUGAAGACCAGGUUAGAACAUUCAUUAAAGGGUAUAGCCCAUGAAAGUUUAGAUGUUAGAAUACAUGCCUUGACUAAAUUACGUAAACUUAUACAUGAAGAAAAGGAUACACUAUAUGAAUAUAUUAUGGGUAGUGAAACAGCUGAUCCUAUUGUCUCACAAUUAAUAUCUGUGUUGUUAUUGGGUUGUAGAGAUUCUGAUGCUAGAGUUCAAAUGUUGCAUGCUCAAUGUCUUGGUGAGAUUGGUGCUAUAGAUCAGGGAAGACUGGAACUGUUGUCAAACAAUCCUAAAGAAGAUAUGGCUAAAUUCCAAGCAUCUAUAGAAGAUGACAACUUUGCCAUUGAUUUGAUUAAUGAACUAGUCAAGUCCUUUCUAGAAGCAACUGAACCUAGGAUACAAGAUUGUUCAGCGUUUGCUCUACAAGAAUUGAUUCAAGAAUAUGAAAUAGCUGUACAAAAAGUGACUGGUGUUAUUACUGGUAAAUUAUGGCAGCGUUUACCAGAACAUGUCCAUGAGAUACUCAAUCCUCUACUGACUUCAAGAUAUAGAUUAAAUACUGCAGCUAAUUGGUCAGACCUACCUAAACCUAUUUAUAGAAGUUGUAAAGGCAGUAAUUUUAAAGAUUGGGUCAGUAAUUGGACAGGAUUUCUCAUUUCUAAGGUGAAACAUCCUAAAGCACAGCGUGUAUUUCAAACCUGUAGUGCUACAAUUAAAUAUCAUAUACAUGUAGCAUUAUAUAUAUUACCUCAUGUUACUAUACAAGUUUUACAAGAUGGUGUAGAGAAAGAUAUCAAUGAGGUAUUUAGUGAGAUAAUGGAGGUUUUAACACAAGUUAAGAAACCUGAUACAAGACAUGGUAGUGCUAGUGAUUUCAGACAUAUGAGUGCUCAGACCAUAUUCUCUGUUAUUGAUUAUUUAACCAAAUGGAAAAGACAUAGAGCACAAACUAUUGCUGCUGAGAAACCUAAUCCCAAAGAGGCAGCAUAUUUAAAAGAUGGUGGUUAUCAAGCAGUAACUAAGUUUUUAGAUAGAAUACCACAAGAUGAGCUAGCUGAAGCUUGUUUUAACUGUAAAGCUUUUACUAGAGCUUUGAUGCAUUUUGAACAAUAUCUGUCUAAUAGUGACCAUCAUCUACAAGAUCAUCUAGAUUUCAUGCAGAGACUAUAUGUUUCAAUGGAUGAACAAGAUGGAGUUUUAGGAGUAGCAGCUGUUUGUCAGAAAAAACCCACUUUAAUACAAGAAAUAAGACUACAUGAAACAUUAGGUCAACAACAGGAUGCUCAAGCUUGCUAUGAAAGAGCUGUUCAGUUAGAACCAGAUGAAGUAAGAUAUCAUCAAGGUUUAUUAAAAAGUUUAAUGGAAUUAUCUCAACAUAAUAAAGCUUUACUACAUGCUACUGGUGUCAUUGCUGAAAGACCUCAGUGGACACAGCAACUUAAUGCUUAUAGAGUUGAGGCAGCCUGGAAAUUAGGUAGUUGGGAUAAAUUGGAAACUUUCAAGAAAAUGGAGAAACAUAGUAGAAACUGGCCAGUAGGGGUUGGACGUAUUUUAUUAGCAGCUAAAGAUAGGAAUGAAGAAGAAUUUAUUAAGCAGUUAGAAAUAGUACGUCGUGAACAGAUGGGACCAUUAUCAGCUGCUAGUAUGGAAACUGGUUCAUAUCAUAGAGGUUAUGAGAAUAUUGUAGGGUUACACAUGUUGAAUGAAAUAGAAGAAUCUAUGAGAGUUUUAUUUGAUUUUCCUGUUGGUAAUGAUGAUGGUAGUGAACCAAGUUCUAGAAAAUCUCAAGCUAAUCUAUUAAGCCAAUGGGAAUCUAGAUUGCUUACUGCACAGGCAUCAUUCAGAACUCAAGAACCAAUAUUAACAAUACGUCGUACAUUGUUCUCUUUGGUUGAUAUUGACAGACCUGACAACAUUGAUACACAAAUAGGACAAUGGUGGCUUCGCAGUGCUAAAGUUGCCAGAAAAGCAGGUUAUUUCCAAACUGCCUACAGUUGUUUGAUACAUGCUGGAGAAUUCAAUCUACCUGAUUUUGCAAUAGAGAAAGCUAAAUGGCUAUGGGAGAAAGGAAAUAACGAUGCAGCAUUGAUGUGUUUAGAGAAAGGAAAUAAAGAACAUUUCAGUGAUAUUGUUAAACUGAAGAAAGAUAACAGUGAACAAGGGAAAAUCCGAAGAGAGGUUUAUGCUAAGUUAUUAUAUGGUAGAUAUAGUGAGGAAACAUCCAGUAUGGAAAGUAAUUCUAUAGUUAAACAAUAUAAAGAUGUAAUAGAUGUAUUACCUAACUGGGAAGAUGGUCAUUUUUACCUGGCUAACUAUUAUGAUAAGAUAAUGACUACAUUAAUAGAUGAUAAAGAUAGGCCUGAUAAACAAGGAGAGUUCAUCUUGCAUGUAGUGAAAUAUUUUGGUCAAUCAUUACAAUACGGUUGUCAGUAUAUUUAUCAGUCUAUGCCCAGAUUGCUAAGUUUAUGGUUAGAUUUUGGUACGACAGUUGUUGAAGCUGAGAGGAAAGAUAGAGGUGGUAGAUCAUCACAUAAAGUACAAGCUAAUAGUGUGGUACUUAAUAGAUUAAACAAGACUAUAGAAGGAUUGAUUAAUACAUUAGCUGAAUACCAGUUUUUUACAGCCUUUCCUCAACUGAUAUCUAGAAUCUGUCAUGCUCAUCCUGAUGUCUUUAAACAAUUACAGGAUGUUAUAGCUAAAUUAUUAGUAACAUUUCCUAAACAAGCUAUCUGGAUGUUGAUGUCGGUAUCCAAGUCAUCUUAUUCAAUGAGAGUAAAAAGAUGUAAAGAAAUAUUUGCGACUGCCAAAGCUGCUAGAGCAGACCUGCACAAGUUUAUUCAAGACGCUACUAAACUUACUGAGAGAUUAUUAGAAUUAAGUGAAACUAACUUUGGUAAUAUGACUACAUUAAGUCUUAGUCAACAUUUUAGAUCAUUACAAAGAUUACUAGAAGAUAGUGGACCUGUUAAUUCUACCUUACACAGACCCUUUCCUGAUAGACUUAUUUAUAUUAAAGGUUUUGAAGACACAAUCGAAGUGUUAGCUUCUCUGCAGAAACCUAAAAAAAUUACUAUGAUAGGUAGUGAUGGUAAAAGAUAUGUUAUGAUGUGUAAACCUAAGGAUGAUUUACGUAAAGAUUGUAGAUUAAUGGAGUUCAAUGCUAUCAUCAAUAAAUUCCUACGAAAAGAUCCUGAAUCACGGAGACGAAAUCUACAUAUGAGAACCUAUUCUGUGGUACCAUUAAAUGAAGAAUGUGGAUUUAUAGAAUGGGUAAAUAAUACCAGUGGACUAAGAUAUAUACUAAUGAAGUUAUAUAAAGAAAAAGGACUGUAUACAUCAGGAAAAGAAUUGAAGGCCUUAAUGCCCUCUAUCCAUUCAUCAGAUGAAACAAAACUUCAGGCAUAUAAAACCAAAUUUUUACCAAGACAUCCACCAGUUUUCAAAGAAUGGUUUUUAAGAACUUUCCCCAACCCUACCUCAUGGUAUAAUGCAAGAUUAGCCUAUGCUAGAACAUCAGCUGUUAUGAGUGUAGUUGGAUAUAUAUUAGGUUUAGGUGAUCGGCAUGGUGAAAAUAUUCUCUUUGAUUCUACUACAGGUGAUACUGUACAUGUUGAUUUUAAUUGUCUCUUUAAUAAGGGUGAAACAUUUGAAUGGGCAGAAAAGGUUCCAUUUAGACUGACACCAAAUAUGAUUGAUGUUCUAGGACCAAUGGGUGUAGAAGGUAUAUUUAGAAGAGCUUGUGAAGUCAGUUUAAGAGUUAUGAGAGAUCAAAUGGAUCCAUUAAUGAGUGUGUUACGGCCAUUUAUACAUGAUCCAUUAGUUGAAUGGAGUAAACCAGCUAGAGGUCAAAGAUCAAAUCCAACAGAUACUGGAGAAAUCUCAAAUGAACAAGCCAUGAAUCAUGUACAGAAUAUUGAACAUAGAUUGAAAGGAAUUAUUAAGAAUAAAACUAAACCUAGAGGGCUACCAUUAUCUAUAGAAGGUCAUGUUAAUUAUCUUAUACAGGAAGCAACUGAUGAGAAGAAUUUAAGUCAGAUGUAUAUUGGUUGGGCACCAUAUUUAUAAUCAGUGUUAAUACUUUAUAAACAUAUCAAAGUGCUAUUAUAACUGUUUAGAUCUAAAUAAGAUCAGAUUUUAUGUUAACUUUUCUAAACAACUAUGUUGUCAAUUGUGAAUGUAUCCAGCUAAAAUGUGAAAUGGUGAAGUAAUAGAAUAUAUCUCUCUUUACUAAUUAAAAAUAUUGUUAAAUUUC